GUUGAAGCGGAUGGCGGAGCUCGCAUUCGCAGUUGGCGAAUCUGACACUGCCUCCCUCAAUGCGUGCUGCUUGUGCGAGACGGAUCUGUCAGACUCAGAGGAGACAGCCCGCGAGUGCGCUCUGUGCUUGCUCACGUUCCACGACUCCUGUGGCCAGCUGCUCUCCACGCAGAUCAGUGGAACGCUGGACGGGAGGCGCCCCCCGGACGCUGACAACUGGUUCUGCGACUGGAUGAACGUCG